UGAGAUCGAUUGCUUCAUCGACCCCGCCCCUUCAGCUCCGCCCUGUUGCUCUCGCUCCAGCGCAGUUUAAAGCGUACUGAUUUUCAACCGAGCAGCGUUCACGAGCGUAUCACACACACAGAGAAGAGAGGGAUUUUAUAGGGUUUUACGUGUUAAGCGUGAGGACACGGAAGGGAAGUGUGUAGUUUGUAAACAUCUGGACAGUGAUGUGACAGUUUACUGGUAUCGGCGUUGCGCUUUUGUUGUCAUUUGUUUGUGAGCGACCUCCCUAAAGCUUCAGGAACUUGGGAACUCUCCACUGUCUUGGCAGCUACACUGUUUUUCUGUUGCCGCAGAAACUUAACCAAAAGUUACCGUUCAUUGUGUGCAGAAAAUGGCAACUGCUCUCAGUGGACGCCCACCUAACAAUCGGAAAGGCCGGAUUUUAGGCAUUAUCGACGCCAUUCAGGACGCUGUCGGACCCCCCAAACAAGCGGCCGCGGACCGCCGGACCGUUGAGAAGACGUGGAAGCUCAUGGACAAAGUAGUGAGGUUAUGUCAGAACCCCAGGCUGCAGUUGAAGAACAGUCCGCCAUACAUCCUGGAUAUCCUACCUGACACUUACCAGCACCUGAGGCUGAUUUUGUGCAGAUAUGAGGACAACCAGAGACUUACUCAGCUAAGCGAGAAUGACUAUUUCAAAGUCUACAUCGACAGCCUGAUGAAGAAAUCUAAACGAGCAAUCCGGCUCUUUAAGGAAGCCAAGGAGAGAAUGUACGAAGAACAGUCACAAGACAGACGAAACCUCACCAAGCUCUCGCUGAUCUUCAGUCACAUGUUGGCUGAGAUCAAAGCCAUCUUCCCGGGCGGACAGUUCCAAGGAGACUCAUUCCGCAUCACCAAGGCCGAUGCCGCCGAUUUCUGGAGGAGAUCUUUUGGUGAAAAGACAGUAGUGCCAUGGAAAAUGUUCCGGCAGUGCCUUCACGAUGUGCACCCCAUCAGCUCUGGGUUGGAGGCCAUGGCUCUCAAAUCUACCAUUGACCUUACCUGCAACGACUACAUCUCUGUAUUUGAGUUCGACAUCUUCACUCGCCUUUUCCAGCCGUGGGGCUCAAUUCUGAGAAACUGGAACUUCUUGGCGGUCACUCACCCUGGCUAUAUGGCCUUCCUCACAUACGACGAGGUGAAGGCACGUCUGCAGAAGUACAUCAACAAACCUGGCAGCUACAUCUUCAGACUGAGUUGUACACGGUUAGGCCAGUGGGCAAUCGGCUACGUCACCAGUGACGGCAACAUCCUACAGACCAUACCACAUAACAAGCCGCUGUUCCAGGCACUCAUCGAUGGAUGCAGAGAGGGCUUUUACCUGUUUCCUGAUGGGCGCAGUUAUAACCCAGAUCUCACAGGCCUGUGUGAACCCACCCCACACGACCACAUCAAGGUCACCCAGGAGCAGUACGAGUUGUACUGUGAGAUGGGCUCAACGUUUCAGCUAUGUAAGAUCUGUGCCGAAAACGAUAAAGAUGUAAAGAUUGAGCCAUGUGGUCACCUCAUGUGCACUUCCUGUUUGACAUCAUGGCAGGAUUCUGAUGGUCAGGGUUGCCCGUUCUGUCGCUGUGAGAUCAAAGGGACCGAGCCUAUCAUCGUGGAUCCAUUUGACCCACGCAACGAAGGAGCCAAAUGCUUCCUCCUGGACCACUUCAGCUCCCCCAUGCUGGACCUGGAUGAUGAUGAUGACAGAGAGGAUUCGUUGGUCAUAGACCAUAUCAAGAAGUCUAUGGAUAUCCAGAACUCGCCGAUAAUGUCACCAAACUCAUCUCCUGUGUGUGAGCGUCGGAAAACAUGUGCAGAUCACAUGGUUCCACACCUAAACAUUCCACCUGUACCACCUCGCCUGGAUCUCAUCCGUUCUCCCGCUCCCAGCCCCACAGUAUCACCCAAGUCAUCACCAGGCAUGUCCAGAAAACAGGACAAGCCCCUUCCUCCCCCUCCGCCCCCACAGAGAGACCCCCCUCCCCCACCUCCUCCGGAACGGCCCCCUCAUAUGUCUCAAGACAGUCGGGCCACCUGGCUUGUAACCCCCUCUUCUGGCCUGCCAAGAGACCAAAGAGCGCCCUUAGAGGCCUGGAGCCCUAAAGACGGCACUCCUCUGUCAGACUGCAGGACUGCUGCUGCAGACCGCUCCCCCAAACUUGCCCACGCUGCCCCUGCUCACAUCAACGAGAGACCCCUGAGCUGCUCUGGUGCAGACCUAGGGGUGAACCGGACCAGCCACAGACUCAACACACAGUCAGAGUGUAGUAAGUCUUUCAUCAACGGUUUGUUACCUGGUGAUGAGUAUGACAUCCCCCCUCUACGCCACUCCCCUCCCUUGGUGGACCACAAUCAGAGACACAGCAACCCCUUUACCAGCCACCGAAGCCUAACAGACAGAGCUGAGGACGAGUAUCAGAUACCCUCAUCACAUCCCCUCUGCAUCACACAGUCGCCUGUCUGCAUUCCCUACCGCAUACCCAACAGGGCUUUAGAAAAUGGCUUGUCGGAUCUCUCUACAGAAAUAAAGAAACCUAAACCUCCAGAGCAUGGUGGGUUUGACUCUGGCCCGUUGAUUUCGAGUGUGGCUCACACCACACAGUGUCCCCUCCACAACAGGACGCCCUCAGACUACGAUAUACUGCUGCCCCCUCAAGCAUCUCCAUUGGAAGACCCUUUCAACUCUCUUCCCCCGUCCCAGCCUCCUCCUCCUCCCCCCAUUAGGAACAGUUUCACAGAGCCCUCGUCCUCUUCGCCCUACCCAAGACCUGCUCGUCCCUCUUCUGGACAUGACCACUUCCUUCUUAGCGCUGAUAUAUUCAUAGAUGCGUUGAAUAGCUCCGCUCCCAACCCUCCUGUUCGGAGACAAACUGGAGAAAACAUGAAGACUUCAUUCCGGGCUCAGCAAGACUAUGAUCAACUGCCUCCAACCUCAGUGGCUGGAGAUUGCUAUAGAGCACCUGAGAGACCCCCGAAACCACUUCCCCGCAUCAUCCCACCAGACAUCCACAGAAGACCGCAGGAAUCGUCCCGAGAAAACUUAGAUGGCAAAAUCGCCAAGCUGAUGGGAGAGGGCUACUCUUUCGAGGACGUUAAAAGAGCGUUAAUGAUAGCGCAAAACAAAGUGGACGUGGCGCGGAACAUUUUGCGCGAAUUCGCUCUGGUGGCUCCCAGGCAGAUCCUGUAGCCCAAACAAACUGAUUCAAACUAUGACUGACUCUUAGCAGAGCUUACAAACCACAGUCAAACUCCCGCUUGCUCUUUCACUUGCAUGGUCAGAAUCGACUGUCUGGUGAACAAGACAAAAAACAGUAUCCGUGCGCUUUUAGCCAUAUGGAGUCUAUACCGUCAAGCUAAGGAGUGUUGAGUUAGUCUAUGUAUGACAGAAUCCUGUGGAGAAAAAAAAGCCCUGUGUUUACAGUGAUGUGGCGAUUGGUGGCUUUACUGCUACUGGUGUACUCUGCAGAGCUCAGGUCAACCUCGUUACAGCUUUGGCCAUUCAAGAGAGGAAUUGAUAUAUAAUUUUUGUUAUAUGGAGGUCUCCGCCCACCUCUUGUGGUGGGUUUAUUGUGUACUUUGCAGCCGUAAAGCUUUUAUUUAAUCUCUUGAAUUGGCUGGACAGAAGUGAGAGUAACUCUGAGCCACUGUUUGCUUUGCCAGUUUCAUACCAUUUCUGCCACUGUUGCUGCCGCCAGUGCUGCCAGCCUUACCCUUGCACCAUGCACAUAAAUUUCCUGGCCUUUUAUGUAUCAUAAUUUUACAGUAAUGGAUCUUUUCCUGGUCAUUUCGCUUUUAUCUCAUUAAUUUGCUUGAUCACGACAAACCAGAUCAGUGUCGGUGACACUUUUGAGACCAUGUCAAAGAGAGAACUACAGAUUCUGCUUGACAGACUGCUGAAUAUCAGGUUCUUUUACUUUCUGCCUUUUUUAAGGUUUGUAACAACAUGAGGGUGUUUAGAUGACUGAAUUUUCAUUUUUGGGUGAGCUAUUCCUUUAAUGGAUGCAGUCGAUAUCUGUAAAAAAAAUUCUAGCGUCUCUACAUUCCAGUUUAAGCAGAAUUGGGUUUUAGUAAGGGCUACCGAUAGCUAAUGUCAUAAUGGUUGUUUCAUCUUCUGUAAAUAGAAGGCUCAACCCUCUACAUCCGUUAUUACAGCAGCAGUUCCCUAUUUAUUUAGACUCUUAGUUCUUCAAAAAUAUUCAAAGUACUUGCACUAGCACUGUAUCAAAAAUAGAUUGCAAAAACGAGAACUGGAUGUGCACUAUUUUUAUUAGUGCUAACUCAACAGCAAACACACCAAAACAUGCAAAUUAUCAUCAUCUCUGAGUAAUUUACAAUGUAAAUUUGGUAAUUUUUCCAUUUGAUCCUAUCUGAGACUUAACAUGUUGUCUGUGCCGUUGUGCGUCAAACGACAAUAAUUUGACGUGAGAGACAUGAAAAAGCGAUGAUACAAGCUUAAAGUCACAGCUGUCAGCCCAUAAACGGAAGAAAAAACAAAUACAACGCAACACUCCGGUGACAUCACUCAUGAGGUCACUUAAAGAGACUCAUUCAAGGCCUUUUGGGAAUUCUGGAAAUGGAAACCAAACCGCUUUGGCUCUUUCUCACUGGCUGUGUCAUUCCUCCUCCUCAUCAGAUUUUCUCUUGAACUUGAAAUGUAAUUUUGCACUGGUCUUUCUCGCCAUCGUACACUUAAGUCUAGAACUGAGUUGGACUCUCCAGUCGGCCUACAAAUGAGGACGUGGCCUUUGACAGGUCUGCAGGGGAAUUAUUUCUGUUGAUUUCCCCUCUUCUUUUUACAAGAGAUUUAGUUUGUUGGAAAAUGCCUUGUGAAUCAUUUAACCAGUGAUGUGUGCAAUUAAUUUAUACUUUGUUAAAAAGUUUUCUGAGAUUAUUUUCAUCUUUCAGUAAUGUUGGUAACCUGUGAUCUGUUCUUGUGGAGACAAACUGUUUUUAUAAACGCCAGUAUUAACAUCUG